GCUUUUGAUUUUGAUUAUAUAGAGAGGGAUUCCAUAUGCCCACAGAAUGCGCCACAGGCUGGUCCUGUGAAUGCUAUCAAAAGCCUUCUCAAAGUCUAUGAAUUUUAUGUAGAGCUGCCGUUGCCAUUCUAAGCAUAAGAAGAUAAGAAUGGCCAAAGGUCCAUCCAUCCCAGUAUCCUGUCUACUGACAGUGGCCAAUGCCAGGUGCCCCAGAGGGAGUGAACCUAACAGGUAAUGAUCAAAUGAUCUUUCUCCUGCCAUCCGUCUCCACCCUCUGACAAACAGAGUCUAAGAACACCAUUCCUUACCCAUCCUGGCUAAUAGCCAUUAAUGGACUUAACCUCCAUGAAUUUAUCUAGUUCUCUUUUGAACACUGUUACAAUCCUAACCUUCACAACCUCCUCAGGCAAGAAGUUCCACAGGUUGACUGUGUACUGUGUGAAGAACUUCCUUUUAUUUAUUUUAAACCUGCUGCCUGAAAAGUCCUAGCUUCUUUAAUCUCUCCUCAUAUGAGACCCAUUCCAAACCCCUAAUCACUUUAAUUGCCCUUCUCUGAACCUUUGUUCUGUUACUUUUCAUAGAGUGAAGAUCUGGUCUGUGCAUCCAUGCCCUUUCCAAAAACCGGUCUGUUCUUUCCUGAGAAUGCUACCAACUACCUCUGAUAUAUAUAUGCUGGACUAUGCUCUUACACAAUACAUUGCAUGGCACGGAUGAAAGAGUGAUACCACACCAGUUAUUCCAAUCACUGGGAGUUUCUUUCUUGGGUAUCUGCACUAUAACCCCACUGAACCCUAGACUGAAGAGCCCCUUAUUAAAUAGCUGUUCUCCAUGUAGAUAGGUAUAGACUGCGCUCCAGUCACCCUCAAUCUUAUCUUUGCUAAAUGAAGAGGAAGGGCAGGCACCCCUGGAGGAAAUCUUCAGGAAGAUGGGGUGAGGGGAAGCCCCUGGAGAAAAUACUGGUGCAGGGGAAGAGGAUUGGCGGGUGGCAGCGUAGGGUAUAUGGGCAGCACAGCGGAGCAGAGGGCUUGAGCUAGGAACAGCAUGUGGGACAAGGGGAACCUCCAGGCGCCUCCCCAAGGGACUUUUACAUCUUGUCUGCUCGGGCAGACGGGAACCAAACCCACUGUGCAGCAGCAGCUGUUUUGUACGCCCCCUCCCAUGUCGGGGAGUUAUAGGGCCAGCCCCAUGACAAACGGCAGGGCUCUUAUAAUUCCCAAAACAAAACGGCUUCCAGGCGGCCAUGGCAUACCGGAUUGCGGCAGAGGGCGCCCUUUCCUGUUUGCGCAUGCGCGGGUUUCAUAGCGUUGGCGGCGCCGCCAUUUUGUGUGUGGCCUCUGGUGCCUACGCUGAGGGGAUGCAGCGGGGAAGCGAGGAGAGGAGGCCGGUAGCGCGAGAGGAAGCCUCGGCUUCGGCUUCCUAUUCGGGCCGUUGUUCGUCCUCGUCCGGGGCGGAGCACCUGCCCCGCUACCACUUCGGGCUGUUGCAAACCCCGCUGAGCACGGCGGGCAGCGCUGGCGGCCGCUCGGGCGGUGGAGCGGAGCCGGCCGGCCCCCAGCGAGAGGCAAACUCCCUCGGCAGGGGCGUCAGCCCAGCGCCGGGGCCGCGGCUGUUCCCUGCGGCAGCAGGAGAUUCAUACUUUGGGGACAAGAGUUCGUAUGCAGAAAAUGUUAGCACAAUGAAUUUUACAAGCUCUUCUUCUGCAAGAGGACUAAAUAGUGCCUGGAUAGGAAAAACACCCCUCUCUUCUAGUAGAUCAGGUUGUAGAAGCAGGACUCCUCUCAUGGGAUAUUCAGUUACAUCCUCAUCUGCUGUCUCUGCUCAUUUGGUUGCAUCCGUUAUUGUAGCUGUAGUAGAAGGGAGAGGACUUGCCAGAGGUGAAGUAGGAAUGGCUAGUAUUGACUUAAAAAACCCUGAAGUGGUAUUAUCCCAAUUUGCGGACAAUACAACCUAUGCUAAGGUUAUCACAAAACUCAAGAUUUUAACACCAUUAGAAAUAAUAAUGUCAAAUACCGCUUGUGAUACAGGGAAUACAACCAAAUUGUUCAGUUUGAUAACAGAAAAUUUCAAGAACGUGACUUUUACUACUGUCCAAAGAAAAUACUUCAAUGAAACAAAGGGCUUGGAAUAUAUAGAACAGUUGUGUACAUCUGAAUUCGGCACUGUCCUAAUGGAGGUUCAGUCCAAGUAUUACUGUCUAGCAGCUGCUGCAGCUUUGCUAAAAUAUGUUGAAUUUAUUCAAAAUUCAGUUUAUGCUCCUAAGUCGCUCAAGGUUCGUUUCCAGGGAAGUGAGCAAACUGCUAUGAUAGAUUCAUCAUCAGCCCAAAAUCUUGAAUUGUUAACUAACAAUAGAGAUUCUCGGAAUGGUCACACUCUUUUUGGCGUUCUAAAUUAUACUAAAACUCCAGGUGGAAGCCGAAGACUUAGGUCUAAUAUCCUGGAGCCUCUGGUUGAUGCUGAAACAAUUAACACAAGAUUGGAUUGUGUUCAGGAACUACUCCAGGAUGAGGAGCUCUUUUUUAGUCUUCAGGCAGUGAUUUCAAGAUUCCUGGAUACUGAACAACUUCUUUCAAUUUUAGUACAAAUUCCAAAGCAAGAUACAGUUAAAGCUGCUGAAUCAAAAAUAACUAAUUUAAUCUAUCUGAAGCAUACUUUGGAACUUGUGGAUCCUCUAAAGGCUGCUUUGAAAAGCUGCAAGACACAUCUAUUAAAGGCAUAUUACAGUUCUCUGGAAGACAAAAGGUUUGGAAUCAUACUUGAAAAGAUUAAAACUGUCAUUAAUGAUGAUACAAGAUACACAAAAGGAUGCCUGAAUAUGAGGACCCAGAAGUGCUAUGCAGUCAGGCCAAAUAUCAAUGAAUUCCUUGAUAUAGCUCGUAGAACAUACACAGAGAUUGUAGAUGACAUAGCAGGAAUGAUAACACAGCUUGGAGAAAAAUACAGCCUACCUUUGAAGUUGAGUUUCAGUUCUGCUCGUGGAUUUUUUAUCCAAAUGAAUGCAGAGUGUGCAGUAUUACCUAAUGGUCAGCUUCCUUCAGAAUUUACAAAGAUCACUAAAAUGAAAAAUGCAUAUAGCUUUACUUCAGCAGACUUAAUUAAAAUGAAUGAAAGAUGCCAGGAGUCUUUGAGAGAAAUUUAUCACAUGACCUACUUGAUAGUGUGUAAACUACUGAGUGAAAUCUAUGAACAUAUCCAUUGCCUAUACAAACUCUCUGACACUGUGUCAAUGUUGGAUAUGUUGCUGUCAUUUGCCCAUGCCUGCACUCUUUCUGACUAUGUUCGUCCAGAAUUUACUGAUACCUUAGCAAUCAAGCAGGGAUGGCAUCCCAUUCUUGAAAAGAUAUCUGUGGAAAAACCUAUUUCUAAUAACACGUAUAUCACAGAAGGCAGCAAUUUUAUCAUUAUUACAGGACCAAAUAUGAGUGGUAAAUCAACUUAUCUGAAACAGAUUGCUCUCUGUCAAAUUAUGGCACAGAUUGGUUCUUAUGUCCCAGCAGAAUAUUCUUCUUUUAGAAUUGCUGAGCAAAUUUUCACUAGAAUUGGUAUGGAUGAUGACAUAGAAACAAAUUCAUCGACAUUCAUGAAGGAAAUGAAAGAGAUAACAUAUAUCAUACAAAAUGCUAAUGACAAAUCACUCAUCAUAAUUGAUGAACUUGGCAGAGGUACCAGCACUGAAGAAGGUAUUGGCAUUUGUUAUUCAGUGUGUGAAUAUCUACUGAGUUUAAAGGCAUUUACUCUAUUUGCUACACAUUUCCUGGAACUGUGUCACAUAGAUGCUUUAUAUCCCAAUGUGGAAAACAACCAUUUUGAAGUGCAACACGUGAGAAACGGUGCUGGAAAUAAGGAAAAAAUUACUUAUACUUACAUACUUUCGAAAGGACACACAGAGGAAAAAAACUAUGGAUUAAAAGCUGCAGAAGUUUCUUCUCUACCGCCAUCAAUAAUUUUGGAUGCAAAGGAGAUCACAACUCAUAUUGCUAGACAAAUUUUGCAAAAGCAAAGAACCACUCCUGAGACAUUAAGACAGAGGGCUGUAUACCAUCUAGCAACAAGGCUGGUUCAGACUGCAAGGAACUCUCGAUUGGAUCCAGACAGUUUGCGAAUAUUCUUGAAAGGCCUGAAAAAAAAGUAUGAAGCUGAUUGUCCUGUGUCUGGACAAGCACAAACUGAAGAUGGACAGUAAUUUAUAGCUUACACUGAUGGACUAAUUUAUUUGGUGAGGGCCAAAAUAUUCAUUUUCUGUAUCACUGACAUGUAAUAUUUUUUAUUUUUUAAAAUCUUUGAUUCUCAUCAUAAAUUAUAUUCACUAUUGAAGCAUCACAUUCCCUAUAUGUGGGUAUAAAUAGUUAUUCCUCUGAAGAAUUUUUUUUGGAGCAAAUUUUAAACAGAAGCAUUUAUUUUGUAUAAAUAGUAUAACUAUGAAACAAUUUUUUUCCAUAUGACUCUUGAUAUGUCAGUGAUGGCCAAAAGUCCCUAUAUUUUUAAAAACAGCAAAAGCAAGGAGGUUCUGAAGAGACUGAGGGUAGGGGCCCCACUCCAUUUUGCUAGUGAUUGGUGGAGACACUACUCCAACUCUUCUCUAGCAACAGAGGAUGGUGAAAGGUUUAUUUCAAAAUAGAAAAUUAACCCUUUUACAGAGUCUGUCAGUACACCUCUCCACCUCCUGGAGCUGGAUUAAAUCCUUCUAAGAAGCAUGGCCCCAGUGUGGAGAGAAGGAAUGGAUCAAACCAAAGAAAGGGAAUUGUGGUAGGCAGACAACUUAUUUGCUCUUCCUGGAUAUAACUCCCUGGAAAAUGAGGUGUUGUUCUGGCCUUCCACCAAAUGAUACCUAUCUGUGGAAUAGGUCAGUCAACAGCAAAGCCAGCAUCCUUGGCCUUUUUACAGAAAAUUGCACAUACAUUGACAUGGUUAAGCUUUUAGCAUUCCUGUUGCCUAAACAUUAAAGGAAUCUCAUUAACAUUAAAACUACAUUUGACUGAACAUGCUUUUCAUGUACUACAGUUGCAAGCAACAUCUAAGAUUAAUUCUCUAUAAUUAUGACAAAGACUAGAAAAAGUAUUAUUUCAGCUCUGUCUUUUCUGUUUGUUUUUUCGUGCAUUUGACAACACUUUAGUCACUUCACUCGAAUGUAGAUGGCUAGUUUUUCUGUCUAGUGUCAUGCAGUGAUAUAUUGACAUCACCUAUUAGCCAGAGGCAGGGCAUUUACCACACCUCUGGAAAUAAUUUUGGCUGAAGGUGGCCAAAUUUAAGGUCCAAUCACAGCUCUGAGUUGGGACCAGUCAGGAUCUCCCUCCACCUCAGUGGAAGCUCCAGGAGGGAUUCCCUUUAAUCUUGUGCCCACCUUCUCUUUAAGCAACCAAGUGGGGGCACAAACUAGCCUAUAAAAAGUUAAUUAAACUAUUCAUACUUUAAGGAUUUAUUUAAGUGUUUGUAUAAAUUUAAUAAAUAGCCUUUUCUAAAUUA